AUGCGAAUUGGACCAUUUCUCGAUCUGCAGGACUAUGAAAUUGGUGCUACAAACGUAACGUUUCAACAGCAUAAAAUAGGACGAGAAGAACGUGCACGAGUUCUUGGACGUCAUAAUGGUUUUCGAGGUUGUACUAUAUGGUUCACCGGAUUGUCUGGUGCUGGCAAAACAACAGUUGCUUUUGCAGUGGAGAAAAUUUUGACACAGCUUGGCAUUCCUGCUUACGCUUUAGAUGGCGACAAUGUUCGACAUGGGCUCUGCAAAAAUCUUGGAUUUUCCAAAGAAGAAAGACGAGAAAAUAUCCGUCGUGUUGCUGAAGUUGCCAAAUUAUUCGCUGAUAUGGGCAUUGUUGUUCUGGCAUCAUUCAUUAGUCCAUAUAAAUGUGAUCGAGAUGAUGCAAGAUCUAUUCAUAAUCAGGAUAAUCUUGCCUUCUUUGAAGUGUACGUGAAUACACCACUGAGAAUUUGUGAACUUCGCGAUCCUAAAAAUUUGUAUAAGAAAGCACGUUCCGGAGAGCUGAAAGGAUUUACAGGGAUUGAUAGUGUCUAUGAGGCACCAGAAAAACCGGAUCUUAUACUUGAAUCAGGCGUUGAAUCGGAAGCUGAAUCCGUUAGGAAAGUACUGGAUUUUUUAUUGCAAAAGAAUGUUUUGCCUGUAAAAGCUUAUCAGCAGAUUUCUGGACCACCUAUACGAGAACUAUACGUUGAUGAAGAAUCGAAAGACAAAUUACUUGAGCGUAUGAACUCUCUUCCAAGGGUGCAUUUGACCAAAAUUGAUUUGGAGUGGUUACAGGUGUUGGCUGAAGGCUGGGCAUCUCCUUUGCCUGGAUUUAUGCGUGAACGUCAAUACUUGCAAUGUUUGCAUCAUGGUCUCCUUCUGGAUUUAAAAAAAAAUCCAGAAGACACUGAAGAAGAUUCACUUUGGUCACUUAAUGAACCACUGAAUCAAUCGAUACCAAUCGUAUUACCGAUCAACGAUGACACAAAAAUCAAGCUCAUGGAUGGACAUUCUAUCAGUCCCGAAAUUGCUCUUGUAUACAACAAUGACGUUGUUGCUGUUGUGAUGGAUGGCGAAAUAUUUGAACAUAGGAAAGAGGAACGUAUUGCACGCCAGUUCGGUAUCAUCGAUCCUCGGCAUCCUGCAAUAAAACGGAUUUUGGAAAGUGGGGACUGGUUACUUGGUGGUGAUGUGCAGGUGCUAAAACGAAUUCAAUACAACGAUGGUUUGGAUUGCUACAGGAUGUCACCAUUAGAGCUUCGAAAUAUUUUUGCGAAAGCCAAUUGCGAUGCAGUUUUUGCUUUUCAAUUACGAAAUCCUAUUCAUAAUGGCCAUGCACUUCUUAUGCAAAACACAAGAGAACAGCUGCUGACAAAGUACAAAAAUCCCAUGUUGUUACUUCAUCCAUUGGGUGGUUGGACAAAAGAAGAUGAUGUGCCGCUAGAUGUGCGCAUGAGACAGUAUGAUGCAGUUUUAGCGGAAGGUAUUUUAGAUCCAGAAUGGACCGUCCUUGCUAUCUUUCCUUCCCCAAUGUUAUAUGCUGGACCGACUGAGGUACAGUGGCACGCUAGAGCUCGAUUAGCAGCGGGCGUUUCAACUUACAUAGUAGGACGAGAUCCUGCAGGCAUCCAGCACCCCGAAACUGGAAAUUAUUUGUAUGAUCCGACACAUGGUUCGAAAGUACUAUCUAUGGCUCCUGGUCUGCUAGAUUUGAACAUAGUACCAUUUCGCAUAGCUGCGUAUGAUAAAACGAAAGGUAAAAUGGCAUUUUUUGAUCCUUCACGAAGUGAUGACUUCAAGUUUAUAAGUGGAACGAAAAUGCGAUCAUAUGCUCGUAAUGGCAUUGAACCACCAGAGGGUUUCAUGGCUCCUAAGGCUUGGAAGAUUCUGUCAUCUUAUUAUCAGGAAAUGGCAAUGAAGCAAACUGAAAAUAAUCAGUAA